GAGAGAGGCCCCAGACGCGUGAGGAGGAGGGACACGGAGCAGACCACCAGGCUCUGGCCGCCCUCCUCGGCCUCCUGCGUGGGCCGCAGCCAUGCCCACCCUGUACAGGAACUCUCUGGGCAGGAAUGUGCCAGGGAACAGAGACGAGGAGGAGGAGGAGGAGGAUUAUGAGAACAUGGCGCCACCCUACAAGGACCUUCCUCCUAAGCCGGCUUCGAUGGGUCCACCACGACCUCCAAGGGCAGGAAAGAAAACGGAGAAGCCCCCAAUUCCUUGCAAACCCCCAAAGAUCACAGGCGUCGAUCCGGAGCGCCCUCCGUUCCGGCCGUCCCUAGGCACCACUCCAGUGCCCUGGCUCGGUCAGAAGCCCGGGGCCCUUGGCUGCCACCAGGAGGAGAGGCUGAUGGUGUACCUGUGUCUGCUGGUGGUGGUGUCACUGCUCCUGGGCUGCACCGGUCUGGCCGUGACCCUGAUCAAGUACCAGGAGGUGGUGGAGGAGCUGAGGGUGCUCACCUUUCAGCAGAUGGCGUGGCAAGUGAAUGUGACUGGCCUGGCGGGGCUGGCUGGCCUGAAGAGGGACAUUGACCGCAUACGAGCCGACACCAACCAGUCCCUGGUGGAGCUUCGGGGCUUAUUAGACUGUCCCAGGGUCACCUGCCCUGAGGGCUGGCUCCCCUUUGAGGGCAAGUGCUACUACUUCUCUCCGAGCACCAAAGCGUGGGAGGAAGCCCGGAAGUUCUGCCAGGAGAAUUACUCCCACUUGCUCAUCAUCAGCAACUCUGCUGAGCAGAACUUUGUGACCAAGGCUCACGGCUCUCCUCGGGUGUAUUGGCUGGGGCUGAGUGACAGGGACCGCGAAGGGGACUGGAGGUGGCUGGAUGGGUCGCCUGUCACUUUGAGCUUCUGGGGCCCGGAGGAGCCCAACAACCUCCACGACGAGGACUGUGCCAGCAUGAACCAAGGGGGCACCUGGAAUGACCUCUCUUGCGACAUAACUACGUACUGGAUUUGUGAGCGGAAAUGUUCCUGUUGAACCCCAGGGCUGAGGGUCCACACCUGAGUGCCCCUCGGCUCUUGGAGACAAGAACCACCUGCCCUCUGUGACUCAUCAUAGACGCGCCCUGGAUGUCGUGGGUCCCCUGGGUGCAAGUGAGCCCAUUUCUAGGGCGAGGGCUCGCAGGCCUGCUCAGCUGGAUGGUGUCUCAGUCAGUUUGGGCUGCUAGAACAGGACACCACAGAGUGCUGGCUGCUCAAUGACACAUUUAUUGCUGGAAGUUCUGGAAGUUAGGAGUUCAAGAUCAAGGUGCGGGAGAUUCUGUGUCUGGUGAGGACCUGCUUCCUGGUUCGAAGAUGCUGUCUUCUCGCCGUGUCCUCACCCGCUGGAAGCGCUGAGAGCUCUCUGGGAUCUCUUUAUCAGGGCGCUAAUCCCGUUCAAGGGGGCUCCACCCUGACAGCCUCAUCACCUCCUGAAGGCUCCGCCUCCUCACCCCAUCACUCUGCGGGUUAGAUUUGAUGUAAGACCAAUUUAAAAUACUAAGGUGCAUGAGGGAGCUGUCCUGGUGUAAACCUGCUCUGGCCUGGAUUUUGUUUUAAGCAGAGCAGCCUGACUUGCGGCCUGACAAGCACACGUUGCACAUCUGCUUUAACUCGCUGUCCCAAAGCAAAGGACGCCCUCUGAGCUCCUCCCUUCCUCUGAAGUCUUCCUCUUUUGAAGAAAAGUUUCUCUUCUCAGAAACCGAGGUCGGGUCGACCUGCCCUGUACGUGCUAAACUGCAGCAGAUAUCUCCUGGUGACUUUGGAAAGAGCGUGUCCCUGUGGUGCCUGUUGCACGUUCUCUGUUCUGAGACGGCAGCUGAUCCUGCCGCAGAUGGCGGGAGCGCAUUCUUCCUGUGGAGCCGGCCCACCCAUCUCCAGGAAGGCUCGCCUUCUCCCUCCAGUGGUUUUUGGUUAUUUGCGUUGACGUUUCUUGGCAUUUUCAGCAGAAUUUCAGGGAAACCCACCUGAGACCACCUGGAACCUACUUUGAGCCAGCGCUUGGCACCGGCGUGGGCCCCUGAGCCCCCCAGCUUCACGGCACUCGCCGGUGCCUCAGUGAGUUCUGAAGCCAGACCUCCUUGUUCAAGUUGUAGGUCCUUUUCCUUGAGCUGUUUUGAGUCUUAAGACUAGGUGUCUUGGGGUACACAUCCUAGGUCAGAGGAACCCAGGGGGAAUUUCCUAGGCUGCGGGAGCCUAAGGGCAACUUUGUAGUCAAUAGGGCUGGCUAACCUCUUAAUUUAGCUUCAAAUUGGAAAGAAUUGUGUCUAUAAAGUCGGAACAAAUUGUUUGCAGACUUUAUAGUAAAAUGAAACUAAAAAAAAAAAAUGGGGAACCCAUGCUUCUACAGCCGAUGGGCUCCUGGCAGGCAGCCCCCGGGCCUCGAGGCUUCCUGUGCGGUGCUUGCAAACGCUUAGCAAGUGGGGACCGUGGCUGGGUCUUUAGAUCAAGAUCCCCUGGGAUAAUUUAAGGUUACAGAGGCCACUCUGGGGCCCCUUUGAACUUCUAAACUUGUCUUUCUGUGUGCUGGGUUUGAGAGCCACAGAACAGACGGAAUAAAUGCAAUUUCUCAAGUGCCAAGCUCCCACUGUCUGGCACAACCGCUCAAAAGCUGAAGGUUCCAGAGGGUAAAUGUUUACACAGAACUGCAAAAUCCUACUGAGCUUGUCUCGUGUCCUGACAGCUUGACUUGGUGACCUUCAGGUUGGGGCCCAAAGAUACGGAUGAAGAGAGGUGCGGGUUGCACCCCAUUUGCAGUCAGAUGUGGUCGAACAGAAGUGCGGGUCGCUCUCUGUUCGUGGCCAUGGUCCUGCCAGUCUCAGGGGUCACACUGGCCUUAGAAGGGACGUUGCAAGCAGGUAAGAUCAUUUGAAAAGUGCACUUAAAGGCAAAGGCUUCAAAAAUUACAAAAUAGUCUCACUGAAAGCAAUAAAAAUUGUUAUAAGAGGUACCUUAUAAUAGAAAAAUCUACUAAGUUCGGACUUCACAGACAUCCAUGUGAUCUAUUUUCGAAGGAGCGCCCAGUGUGAGACCUCCCAGAGCUAACGAGACUCAGAGAUUUUCUGGGAAACUGCUGUUAUUCCCUUAAGUGGUUAAGGGGAAACUAAAAUUAAAAAUUAAUGGAAUUGUUUAAUACUGCCCGAAACACACUUUGUAUCCAACUAUUCUUUUAUAAAUCACUGAGUUUUGUAUUGUACCUGAUUCAUAACAAAAAUUCAAGGAAAAUUAUUUAAGGUCUCUGCUUGCAUCUGUGUAUCUAGGUGUGUCUCUAUGUAUCUCUAUGUAUCUAUAUAUAUGAUGUAUAUGAUAUGAUCUAUAUCUAUAUAUAUGAUGUUUUUCUACCUUUGGAUGGUGUAAUUUCUAAAGGAGCUCUAUUUAAUUGGCUUAAAGUAAGCGCUUAUUUAAAUUAUUUCUAAAUAUAAUAGAAAUGAACUCAAAUGUCUUUCAAGUCAACAUGAUA